UGGUUACUGUCUAGAGGGACAAAAAUCAACCUGGAAGCUUCAGAAACAGUCAUGCUUGUGUUUUUCCUUUCCAAACAUACAAACGUCUUGUGAUUGAUUACUUCUUAUUAAGUUACUUAAGUAUAUUAUCGUGUUAAACCAGCAUUUUCGUCAGUGCAUUUCUGCAACUAGCAAGGAUACACUUCUUCCUCGUAGACGAAGGCGAUGGUACUUGUGCAGUGGAUUUCGGCAACUACAAGUACAAUUGUCUUCAUAUCCGUUGCCCUACUGCUUGUUGAAGCUAAACAGCCCCCGCACAUAGUGUUUAUUCUUGCAGAUGACUUCGGCUGGCAUGAUGUUGGUUAUCACGGAUCUGAGAUCAAAACGCCGAACCUGGACAAACUUUCCGCAAAAGGCGUCAGAUUGGAAAAUUACUACGUUCAGCCGAUAUGCACCCCCUCUAGGAAUCAACUCAUGACCGGCCGCUAUCAGAUUCACACGGGCAUGCAGCAUGAGAUCAUCUGGCCUUGCCAGCCCUACUGUGUUCCCCUGGCUGAGAAGCUGUUGCCCCAGCUGAUGAGAGAAGCUGGCUAUGCCACGCACAUGGUGGGAAAGUGGCACCUUGGCAUGUACAAGAAGGACUGCCUACCCACACGCAGGGGGUUUGAUUCUUAUUUUGGCUACCUGACAGGAAGUGAGGACUACUUCAGCCACCAGCGUUGUAGCCCCGUCCCCCCUCACAACGAGACGCGCUGCGCCCUCGACCUGAGAGACGGGGAAGAGGUUGCCACGGGAUACACAGGCACAUACUCAACGCAGCUGUUCACAGACAGGGUCACCAGCAUCAUCGCUAAACAAGAUCCCAACAAGCCUCUCUUCCUCUACGUGGCUCUGCAGGCCGUCCAUGCUCCUCUACAGGUGCCCGAGCGCUACAUCGCCCCCUACAGCUUCAUAAAAGACCAUCACCGUAGAGUGUACGCAGGCAUGGUGUCGGCCAUGGAUGAGGCGGUGGGCAACAUCAGUCUGGCUCUGCAGGAGAGAGGCCUGUGGAGCAACACAGUGCUGAUCUUCUCAACAGAUAAUGGAGGACAGACUCUCACAGGGGGCAGCAACUGGCCUCUGAGAGGGAGGAAGUGCACGCUGUGGGAGGGCGGAGUCAGGGGCGUGGGCUUCGUGACCAGCCCACUCCUGAAGAAGGCCGGGACCGUCAGCCGAGAGCUGGUGCACAUCUCUGAUUGGCUGCCCACGCUCGUCAGCCUGGCGGGGGGGACAACCAAUGGCACGAAGCCGCUGGACGGGUUUGACGUGUGGAAUACUGUCAGCAAAGGCUUUGCGUCACCCAGAGUGGAGCUGCUCCACAACAUAGACCCUCUGUACGUCGACAUGGCCCCAUGUCCUGGCGUCGCGUCCCGGUUGACCUUGGCUCGGGGUUCUGGUUCGGAGCUGUGGUCUAACUCUGGCUUCAACGUAUCCGUUCACGCAGCCAUCCGCUACAUGAAAUGGAAGCUUCUGACUGGGUACCCAGGUUGUGACGUGUGGUUCCCCCGGCCGGGGCAGGAGGGUUCGGAGAGGAGCGGUCUGAAGGACGCUCCACUGAAGCCUGUCAUGCUGUUCAACCUGGAGGACGACCCGGAGGAGAGGCUGGACGUGUCGGACCAGUACCCAGACGUGGUGGACCAGCUCCUCAGAAGACUGCGUCACUACCAGAGCACAGCCAAGCCAAUCAUCUACCCCGAUGACGACCCCAGAUGUGACCCUGGCACUGGAGCCUGGGGACCCUGGGCCUAGAUGAUGAAGAUGAUGUGGAUGAGGAUGAUGUGGAUGAGGAUGUGGAUGAGGAUGUGGAUGAGGAUAUUAGACCAGGGUCAGAAUUCAAGGUCAAAAUGACCUCUCGGGGUUGUCUUACAGAAUACACUUCAGUCAUCAUACUGUAUGUAUUAUCAACAUCAAGACACUCCACUUUAGGAAUCAUUACAAUGCGAUUCUUUUAACUUAUGGUAAUUUUGUACAUUCUUGUUUAUAGUUAUGUAAAUUGUCGAUGUGGUCUGAUAUCCAGUAAAUGUUUCAUGUGGUCAGUCUGGAGUUUUUGGAAACUGCAAUACAUCUGAGCUCUGAAUUUAACACACCAUUAACGGACUGAUAUAGUGUGACAUCGCUCUGCUUUUCCGUGCCCCUGGAGAUUAGGUAACCUCAGCUGAAGCCAUUGCGUAAACAUGGUUCCCAACACAUGUUGCUGGUUUAAGCCUCUCCUGCUGUUUCAGGUAUUUGUACUUAAUUUAUUUAACAUUAAGUAGAACCUCACCCCUCUGGUGUGUCAAACACACACAAACAGAAAUAGCAUGCUGUAAAUCUAUGGGAGUCAGGUGGCUGAGCGGUUAGGGAAUCGGGCUAGUAAUCAGAAGGUUGACCGUUCGAUUCCCGGCCGUGCAAAAUGACGUUGUGUCCUUGGGCAAGGCACUUCACCCUACUUGCCUCGGGGGGAAUGUCCCUGUACUUACUGUAAGUCGCUCUGUAUAAGAGCGUCUGCUAAAUGACUAAA